AUGGGUUGUUGCUCGAAAGAUUCUAUAAAAGUAGAGUCACCAAAAAAAAAAAUACUUGAGUACAAACAAAAUGAAAGUAAAAAAGAAUGUAUCAAUUAUAAUAACAUUUCAGUGUCUACUGUUACAUUAAGUGAUGGAUCAGUUUAUACAGGCACUAUGCUAGAUAAUAAGCUUCAUGGAAGAGGUGUUUUAAAAUAUGUAAAUGGAGAUGUAUAUGAAGGGGAGUUUAGUAAUGGAAAAAAAGAGGGUAAGGGGAAAUGGACUGAUAAAGAAGGAAAUAGCUAUGAUGGAUAUUGGAAAGAAGACAGAAAACAUGGAGAAGGUGUUUAUAAAACAUUUGAUGGUCUAAUUUUUGAAGGAAGUUUUAAUAAUAAUAAAAAAGAAGGAAAAGCAACAAUUACAACUCCUGAAAAAACAAAAUAUAUUUGUACUUUUGAAAAUGAUGAAGAAGUAGGAGAAGCGGAAUUUUUCUUUGCUAAUGGAGAUCAUGCUUUGGGAUUCAUAAAAGAUGGUAAUUUAGAUAAAAAUGGAAGAUAUGAAUUUAAAAAUGGAGAUAUAUAUGUUGGAAAUUUUAAAAAUGGGUUAUUUCAUGGAAAGGGUUAUUAUAAAUGGAAUAGUAAUUCUUCUUUUAAAAUUUACGAAGGUGAAUAUAUUGAAGGAAGUAGAAAUGGAAAUGGCCAACUUAUUAAUAUAGAUGGUAGAAUAUUACGUGGCAAAUUCAAAAAUAAUAAUUUAGAUGGAGAAGUAUUAGAAAUUAGUCCUCAAGGAAAUCAAGUAAAAGUUUUAUUUGAUAACGGAAAAUAUGUUAAAAUUAUUGAUAAAAUUACUGAAAAGCUAAACGUUAAUGAAAUUAUGCAAGAAUCUACUAUUAUUACUUCUAUUUUUUCAGAUCCUGAUUUCUAUAAAAAAUCUUAUCAGAAUGAACAAAAAAACAGAGCUAAACUUAAGAUUCAAAUAAAAAAAUCAAAAGAUAAAAAGGAAUCUUUACCAAUAACGUGA